UGACAGCGCGCGCUACCCAGCAUGCGCAGCGGCGUGAGGCUCCGCCACAGCCAAGAUGACCGACUUUGAGGAGCCGCUUUCAGACGAGGAGAAGGUCCGCAUCGCAGCUAACUUUGUGACCCACGCUCCCCCUGGAGAAUUCAAUGAAGUGUUCAACGAUGUACGACUUCUCCUCAACAAUGACAACCUCCUUCGGGAAGGGGCAGCACAUGCCUUUGCUCAGUAUAACAUGGAUCAGUUCACCCCUGUCAAACUGGAUGGCAGUGAAGAGUCGGUUCUGAUUACCGAGCAUGGAGAUCUGGGUCAGGGGCGGUUCUUCGACCCACGGAAGCGUGUGUCAUUUCGUUUCGAUCACCUCCGGAAGGAAGCAAGCGAUCCUCAGCCGUAUGAGGGAGAGAGCGCCCUGCGGUCCUGGAGAGACGCUUGUGAUGAAGCACUCAGUGCUUACGUAAAGGAGCACUAUCCCAGCGGAGUCUGCACGGUCUAUGGGAAAACUGUUGACGGCCAGCAAACAAUCAUUGCUUGUAUUGAGGGUCAUAAGUUUGAGCCCAAAAACUUCUGGAAUGGCCGGUGCAGGUCAGAGUGGAAGUUCAACAUUAGUCAGUCAUCAGCUCAGGUGGUGGGAGUAUUGAAGAUCCAGGUGCAUUACUAUGAAGAUGGUAAUGUUCAACUUGUGAGCCAUAAGGAGGUGGAGGAGUCCAUUGUAGUGACUAAUGAAGUCCAGACUGCCAAGGAGUUUGCAAAAAUCAUUGAAAAUGCGGAAAACGAUUACCAGACGGCCAUCAGUGAGAAUUACCAGACGAUGUCAGACACCACCUUCAAAGCUCUGCGCAGACAGCUGCCUGUCACCCGCACCAAGAUCGACUGGAACAAGAUCCUCAGCUACAAGAUUGGUAAAGAGAUGCAAAAUGCUUAGAAACGACCCACUUCCUCUUCCUCCUGUUCAAGUGCAGAGUCGGUACACACAACACCGUCCACUCUACAUGAAGAAGUCUCCCCAAAAAUAAAAUUAAGAAAAAAAAAAAGUCAAAAAACUUUUUGUUUGAAUAAAAAAAAAAGCAGAUACGAUUCCAUUCAACUUUCUGUCAUUAAUGGACUUUGAUGGGUCUCCACUGUGGAAGAGGUUCAAAUGAGAACUUGAGGGAAUCAUGGAUCUAAAUUAUCGGCAAUUGUUGCUUUUCUCAUGUUUACCCAGUCGCAGGUCACUCAAAGAGUUUGUAUUGUUUUGAUUUUUUUGUCUUUUUUUUUGUGAACUGUGACAGCUGCAAUGCUUGUGCAAAACGUUUUGUGUGUUUAAAGCGGUGGAUAAGUAAUGCCUCACUCACUGUAUCUCCAAACCCAAAUCAGAUGACAACCCCACCCUCCUCCUCCUCUGCCUACUGACAUCCUGAAGAUAUGAGAUUUCCCGCUGUCCUUCCACAACUAUAGAGGCUGUACCAAGGAAAGGAUGAGGUCGGGGCGAGGAGGGGAACGGGCUGUGUGUUCAGGUUUGGGAUGGCCAUCUGUCUUAACUGCUCUCACCGUAUCUUUGUCUAACAGUGACUCACAGUCUAACUUAAAACGGUUUUAAUAACCAAAAAGGCAGAAUAAAUAAAUCCAUGGAUAACCCUCUUUUGAUGGCAAACAUGUCAACAUUAAGUCUUGUUUGUUAUUGUUAUUUUUUAUUUGCACAGCAGAUAGUGGUUCAGGCUGUUUGUACAAGGUACUUAUGAUGCAUUUGGGGUAUCCGCACACUGUUAUGCAACAAAUCCACAAUCUUCACGGUAAAUCUGAAUCUCUCUGUCUCAUCCAGAAUCCUGAAGGCUCCAUCACUGUUGCGAUUGCAUGUUUCUGCCACACUGCUUUCACUUUAACCUUAGAUUUGUUUGUCUCUACUGUUUCUUUAGAGAUUCUCUGUAAAAUACACUCCUCAUGUAAGACUA